GCUUCAGGGAGGACUCCAUUUUGAUGUUUCGCUGAAGAGGAGGCAGCGGGUCGUUCGUCCGUUCGUCGCCCGGACGGAAAGGAAGCGGGGCGGCGAUGGUGCUGCUGCUGCUUCUGGGGCGCUGACUCUGGAGCGGGGAAGGGAGGAAGGACGGCGGGCGGAGGCUGGAGGCUGGAUGCGGGGCAGGAGGCGCUGGGCAGCUGUCAUUCUCCGCACCCGCCGCCCUCCUUCCCUCCCUGCCUCCCUCCUUCCAGCCCCCGACCUUCCUCCGCCUUGAAGGAGAAGGAGAGGAGCAAGGAAGGGCCUCCUCCUGAGGAAGGGAGAUGAAGGAUACUGGAGUUGAAGCACAGAUGAGCAGCUGGCUCUUCAAGCAGCUGAAACUCCAUUUGGAACAGGAAUGGAAAUACCAACCACGAGAAAAGGGCCUGAGCUUGAUUGAGUGUAGCGCUGAGAAUGAAAGCACCAUAUGUCCCAGACUGCGAAAUGCAAAAGUAGAAGAUCUCUGGAGUCUGACAAACUUCUUUGGAUUUGCCACCGAAACAUUUGUCCUGGCUGUCAACAUUCUAGAUAGAUUUUUGGCACUUAUGAAGGUGAAACCUAAGCAUUUGUCCUGCAUUGGCAUCUGUUGUUUUCAAUUGGCUGCUCAAGUGAUUGAAGAGCAAUGCAACAUUCCUUCCCUCCAUGAUGUCAUUCGGAUUAGCCAGUGCAAGUGCACAGCAUCUGAUCUGAAACGAAUGGAAAAAAUAAUCUCAGAAAAACUGCACUUUGACUUCAAAGCUACUACUGCCUUAACCUUUUUGCACUUGUACCAUACUAUAGUUCUCUGUCAUACCUCAGAAAGGAAAGAAUUGUUGAAUCUCGACAAACUGGAAGCACAACUUAAAGCUUGUAACUGCCGACUAGUAUUCUCAAAAGCAAAACCAUCUGUCUUGGCCCUGUGCCUUCUGUCUCUGGAAGUGCAGACUCUAAAGUCCAUUGAGUUGUUUGAGAUUGUUCUGUGCAUUCAGAAGUAUUCAAAGAUAAGCGACAGUGACUUACUGUAUUGGCGAGAGCUGGUCUCAAAAUGCUUAGCAGAUUACUCUUCUCCUGCCUGCUGCAAACCAGACCAUAAAAAAUUAGUGUGGAUUGUUUCAAGACGCACUGCCCAAAAUCUUCAAAACAGCUACUAUAGUGUUCCUGAGUUGCCCACAAUCCCUGAGGCUGGAUGUUUUGAUGGAAGUGAGAGUGAGGAUUCUUGUGAAGAUAUGAGCUGUGGAGAAGAAAGCCUUAGCAGUUCUCCACCAAGUGACCUGGAAGGCACCUUCUUCUUUGACCUCAAACCGAAAUCAAAAUGGCAGGCUCUCUCCUUUGACUCAGUGUGCUAGACUGAGCUCUUAAUGCAUUAUAGUACUUAGGCAAUAAGUAUCUAAGCACUCUCUGUACCUUGGCACAAGGUCUCAUGGAGUACUCAAAAUGCGUACUGCGCUUUCCCCUUUAGUGCAAUGUCAGAUGUAGCAAAAGUGGAUCAUUUAGGGCCGAAUUCAGUGGCAAGCAUUAGUAAGUGCAUGCUGCUUGUGAUCAGGCUAUAAGAUAGCUGGGAAGCUUUAUUUGCACUUGAAUGCUCUGCUGAAAUUAGAAGCUGAAGCUUAAUGGUGAAGUAUUUUGGGGAUAGGCUAAAUUGCAAAGCAGUGUAUGCUUAUUUCGUUUUGGACUGAAGUACUUUUAACCAAUUUUUUCAUUGUGCAUUCUUUAAAAAAAGGCAGUUGCAUCACUUUAAAACUGGGUUCAACUUCAGCAAUUUUGUUCAGAUUUAAUCAGGCAUAUGCUUAGAUUAUUUAGGGAGGAAUAAGCUGCCUCUCUAAAGCGUGUUCCAAUCUGGUUAAAUGUUCCAGGCAUAUUUUGCAUUAAAGCAUCUAAAGGCUAGCUUUGAUAUCCUCAAAUUGGAAUAAAUUGUAUUCAGAAAACUUAGUGUUAAUGUAAAAAAAAAAUACUACUUAAAUUAGAACUGUAAAGUUUCACAUUCCCUUUACCUACUAACUCCUCCAGUUUUUCUUACCUUGUCAUAGUAAAUCCAUAAUCAUAACAUGUUUGCAUGCUUAAGUGAAAGCUGUUAGCGGAAAGGUGGUAAAUGUGAAGUUGAUAAAAUGGUUGUAAUGACACUUAUAAUUGCUUGCCAUUUUUUUCUUUAAAGCACAGACUAUAUGUUACUUAGUAUCUUAAAAAUAUAUGCAAAGUGAGCAAAAGAAGAAAUGUACUCUGUAGUCUAAUGAUGUGAAAGCAAGGUCAUGGUAGAAAUGAAGGGGCAACAAAACUUAGGAUUGUAGCGUUGUGUGGCCAUCUUGAAGUGCAGAUGUGAAUGGUGGUGAUGUGUGGUGUGCUCUGAUUUUUUUAUAAACAAAAAAUGUUUACAAAAAUUUGUAAAAAUGUAAAUUAAAACCUGUAUAAAAAAUUAAAAACAAAAUAAGCUGAAAAAUAUUGUAUUUUUACAGUGUGUAUGUAACUUUCCUAUAUGUAUGUUGCAUGUAGAUAUUAAUUUAUUCUAUCCUGUACAUGAUAUACAUACUGUACAUGAAGGCUUGCUUUUUUGGUACUACAUGCCUGAGUGUCAAGACAUUUUCUGAAAGCUAUUUUCUCUCAAAGAUGAUUCAGAUGACUCUCUGCUUCUGUUCAAUAAAACCAAAUGCUUUUCCUA